UCGGGAGUUUUUGGAUUCUGAUCUUCCUGGGGAGAGAGAUAGAAAGAGAAAAUGCUUUGUAGGAUGGUAUUGGUGCCGAGGAAGAAGAAGAUUGGGAAGGUGCCCGUUUAUCUGAACGUGUACGAUCUUACUCCGAUCAAUGGCUACGCGUAUUGGCUCGGCCUCGGAGUCUACCAUUCCGGCGUCCAAGUACAUGGCGUUGAAUAUGCCUUUGGAGCUCAUGACCAUGCAACGACUGGGAUUUUCGAAGUGGAACCGAAGCAAUGCCCCGGCUUUGUGUUCAGAAAAUCAAUUUUGAUCGGAAGAACGGAUUUGGAUCCGAAGGAGGUCCGUGCAUUUAUGGAGAAACUAGCAGAGGAAUACUCCGGGAACACGUACCAUCUUAUCACCAAGAACUGCAACCACUUCUGUAAUGAUGUGUGCACCAGAUUGACGGGGAAGCCUAUUCCUCGCUGGGUCAACCGCCUCGCUCGGCUUGGUUUCUUCUGCAAUUGUGUUCUUCCGGCUGGUCUUAACGAAACUAAGGUUCGACAAGUAAGAUCAGAGGGGGUUUGUAACGGAGACAAGAAGAAACUGAGAAGCCAUUCGACUAAUUGUGCAUCCUCAAAUCCUCGGUCCUCUUCAUUAAAAUCUUCCACUGCAGAGUCUGCAGGCAGAAGUAGUAGACAAAGACACUGCGUUCCUCCGUCUCAAUCUUUGGUCCAUUCUUCCUCAACCUCGGCGGUUACUCUAAAGCUUUGACACUGUUUUUAGUUUUGAGACUAGGGUUUUAGAAUUUCAAUUGCACAAAGGAAUGGCGGAAAUUGCAAAUUCUAAUUUUUUCCCAUCAUGUAAUCUGUUUGCAUUGCUGUGUAAACAGCUGCUUGAAAUCGUUGAAGUCCUGCUGUUUUCUGUAUAAAAUAAAAAAAAAAAAAAAAAUGGUUCAUGGUUUUUUUGACGCA